UGGCGCAUUAAUUGCGACGCAUGGGAGAGGAUUUACAGGGCACCGUUCCGCCGCGAUUGUACGAAGAGUUUGCUAUCUGCCAUCUCAGCUCCUUUGCAGUAAACGCCGCACUGGGCCACGACAUCGCCGCGAUCGAACUGGCUUCGCCCCUGCAAUUCAUGCCCUCCAUCCAGCCGAUCUGCAUCCCUAGGUCCCGACAGCCUGAACGAUCCAAGAGCCUGCACCAUCGAGAUGUUCGGUUGGGGCGCCAUCACGACAGAUGGCAAGACUGCGACCGACGUUCUGCAGAAAGUGACAGCAACCGACCUUCCCGAGGACGAUUGCGCGACUGAGUACGACAGGGAGAUCAUAUGCAACAGGGGUGUCACACCGGAGACUGGAACUUGUAAGGGAGACAAGGGCGGACCACUGGUCCUGUAUGUCAACGGCAUAGCCUACGCAAUGGGCGUGGACUCUACUGGUGUAGAGCCGUGUUUGUUCGCGCCUUCCCAUUUCACUCGGAUCACCUCCAACGUCGCCUUCAUCUCCUCUGAAAUCACCGGCGGAUGA